AGAGAAAACCAUUUUCAUUGUCGUAAACAUAAGCCGCAGGUUGUCUCCACACCGCCAUUGAUUUGCUUCCUCUCGUCACGUUCUCCAUUUUUGGGUUAUUUUCUUCUACGCUCACACAAGAUCUUCAACUGCAUACCUCUCUCUAAGAUUCUUGAUGGUAAAAGCAUAUAAACAAGAACAUGUCUACAAGCACCCAUGGGAGCGGGUGAGUGCUGCCUCAUGGAGGAAGUUUGCAGACCCUGAAAACAAACGCAUUCUUUCUCACAUCCUUGAAGUCGACACCUUGAACCGGAAACUUGACACUGAGACCGGAAAACUCCACACCACACGUGCUCUCACCAUCCAUGCUCCGGGGCCAUGGUUCCUUCACAGGAUCAUAGGCCAGGACAUCUGUCACUGUGUUGAAUCAACAGUUGUGGAUGGCAAAUCACGCUCGAUGCAGCUUACAACCAAGAACAUUAGUCUCCAAAAGUUCAUUGAAGUGGAGGAGAGGAUAAGAUAUGAUCCGCAUCCAGAAAAUCCGUCGGCCUGGACGGUUUGUAGCCAGGAGACGAGCAUUCGGAUCAAACCCUUGUCAGCUCUGGCAUCAAUGGCUGAGAAAGUUGAGCAGAAAUGCGCUGAGAAAUUCAUGCAGAAUAGCGUGAAAGGGCGAGAGGUGAUGGAGAGAAUUUGUAAGUAUAUGGAAGCAGAAUCCGCUCCAAUCUAAAGAUCCAAACUUUAUAGGUUCCAGUAUCUUGGAUUUGGGGGUUUUUAAUGUUUUGUAAGUCAAGAGGACUACGUUUUGGAGCCAUGGUAAUAAUAAAUCCAUGAAACAGUUUAGAACAAGCUACUGUUGUUUUUCAGCUGCUUAUCUUGUCUGUCUUAGCAACUGGAUAUUGAGUUGAGAAGCUUUCUGUCCAA